CCUUCGGUGGAUAAUGCGAUAAAAACCCGCUCUUACUCCUCUUUUUCCGCCAUUACUUCUUAUCCCAGGCAAAGAAAAUGGCUUCAACAUCCUCUCUAGUAUCACUACCAAAUCUCACGAGACUCUCCCUCAAACCUCAAUCAAAACAACCCUUUCUCCAAACCCUCCAACCUAAUCUGCCCAGAAAGCUCACAUUGAGUUCACGUCCAAGAAAACUGAGGUUGUUUGUUGCGGCAGAGGAGAGAACCUCAACGGUGGCCUCCCCUUCUUCCGAGGCCGAAAGGCGCCUUUACAUUGGCAACAUACCCAGAAAUGUGAACAAUGACCAGUUGAAAAAGAUUGUCCAGGAACACGGCGCUGUUGAGAAGGCGGAGGUGAUGUAUGAUAAGUACUCUGGAAGGAGCCGCCGGUUUGCUUUUGUUACAAUGAAAACAGUGGAGGAAGCAAAUGUGGCAAUUGAGAAACUAAACGGAACUGAAAUAGGAGGGCGGGAGAUCAAGGUAAACAUCACUGAAAAGCCUAUUGCGCUAGUGGAUUUGUCUGCCCUUCAGGCAGAAGACUCCCAGUUUGUUGACAGUCCGCACAAAGUUUAUGUGGGAAACCUUGCCAAGACAGUAACUUCGGAUACACUGAAGAACUUCUUUUCUGAGAAAGGGAAGGUAAUGAGCGCCAAGGUUUCCCGAGUCCCGAGGACCUCCAAAUCAGGGGGAUUCGGGUUUGUAUCAUUCUCUUCGGAAGAGGAAGUCGAAGCUUCCAUCUCGUUUUUUAACAAUGCCGUGUUGGAGGGGCAACAAAUUCGUGUAAACAAGGCAUAAAAUGGGGUGCAACUCCAUUUGAGAUCCAAAUCUGAGC